AUGGAAUCUAAGGUCUCCGAAGGUGGCCUGAACGUCACCCUCACCAUCCGGCUGCUGAUGCACGGCAAGGAAGUUGGAAGCAUCAUUGGAAAGAAAGGAGAGACUGUGAAGAAGAUGCGUGAGGAGAGUGGGGCAAGAAUCAACAUCUCGGAGGGAAACUGCCCUGAGCGAAUUGUGACCAUCACUGGCCCCACCGAUGCCAUCUUCAAGGCUUUCGCCAUGAUCGCCUACAAAUUUGAGGAGGACAUAAACAACUCGAUGAGCAACAGCACUGCUACCAGCAAACCUCCGGUGACGCUGAGGCUGGUCGUGCCAGCUAGUCAAUGUGGCUCGCUGAUCGGCAAAGGAGGCUCCAAGAUCAAGGAAAUCAGGGAGUCCACAGGUGCUCAGGUGCAAGUGGCGGGGGACAUGCUGCCCAACUCCACAGAGAGGGCGGUGACGAUCUCGGGGACACCCGACGCCAUUAUCCAGUGUGUCAAACAGAUCUGUGUGGUGAUGCUGGAGUCCCCACCAAAAGGUGCCACCAUUCCCUACCGCCCAAAGCCCGCCUCCACCCCUGUCAUUUUUGCAGGUGGUCAGGCCUAUACAAUUCAGGGACAAUACGCCAUUCCACACCCGGAUGUUUGGAUGCCAGUCCCCCGGCCAGUACUCAUGAACUCACCAUUCCCAAUGAUGUAA